CACUAGUGCCGUCCAGUCUCACUCACGCGCGUACCGUUGUCAAAAAAAUAAUUAGUCUUGGUUUGCUACCACGCUGUCUUGACGCAUUCAGUGAUUUUUGUUACGAAUUCGUUGUUAUAAUUUUCUGUUACUUUUCAUUGUUACUUGGUUGUUAUUGUUGUGGAGUUUUGAUUAGAAAAUGAAGAAAUGUUAGGAGAGAACCCAACCAUUUGAUAACCUUGGUGAAGAACCGUCAAGGAAAGUACAAGAGGCCAUUUUAAAUUCGUUUCUUAAAACAGCCACAAACAUCCGCGAUUAAAAAUCUAUAACACCUACAUAAUAAACACCUACAUAUUAAAACUGUCAGGCACAAAAACGUUAUUUUUUUGUUUUUGAUUUUUUUGUCAAUCAUGUCAAAGUGAGUCGAUGUCAAUUUCAGUUGAUUCAUAACUAAAAUAUUGAAAUUGGAAAAUAUGUAUAGUAAAAAGAAAAAAAUUAGAAAGCACGAUGUGGUGUACGAUAAUAUUAGCAGAGACGCUAUUCCCAAAAGAGGGUAUUAUUCUGAACUGGUAUCAGAUAUGCAAAAAGAUGAUCCCACAAAAGAUGUUUGCGCUAAGAAACGAAUGAAGUUAAUUUUACAGGCUAAGACGGACAGGUUGGCGCCGACGCUGCUCUCGCUGCCUCGGCCGCAGAAGCCGCGGCUGCUGCUGCCGCCCGGUCGCUGGACCACGUACCGGGAGGACGACAGCAUUCAAUUCCCAUUCGAGACGUUUGUGCCCAAACUCCAAUUCCUGAGCGUGGUGCUGCCCAAGGAGCUGCCGCGCCUCGUGAAGAUCGAGAGACUGCGGAGGAAGUUCCUGGCUGCUAACAUAAAGAAGAUGCUGCGCGGUUUGGGCAUCCAGCCGUUCUGGUUGUUGCCGCCGCACGAGUACCGCUUCACGGAGCAGGAGUACUACGGCCUCUACAGCCCCUUCCCCAAGCUCGAUCUCGAGAUAUUCGACAACACAGAUUUUGACUGCCGCAUCCCGGAGGAGUGGUUGUCGCUGGGCGUGAUCGAGGGCGAGCAGUACCCGUGCCCGGGGCUGGCGUUCAUCCCGCGCGACGACUCCAAGGGGCGCGCGCCCGCCGGCGGUGACGUCAUGCAGGCGCUCAACAAUCUCUACGAGUGGACGAACGUGGCGGCGUUCGGGUUCGACAAGGAGACGCAGAAGUGGGACGUGAUGGCGCUCGACGGCACCAAGCGACGGUUCCAGGUGCCGCGCGUGCGCGUGAUGUUCAAGGCGGACGACCCCGACACGUUCGCGCGGCGCGUGCACUUCGCCGUGUCGCUGCGCGCGCAGGUCGAGAACGAUCUCAGGUUCUACCUGUACCUGGACUGCCUGGUGCUGGACGGGUUGCCGCGCGUGCCGCUGGCCGUGAUGCCGCGCGUGCUGCGGCUCGUGCGCGUGCACCGCCGGGCGCGCGCGCGCGAGGAGCUCCUCGCCGCGCUCAGGGCGGAGGUGGAACUGCUGUACCGUAAAAUGGAGGGCAAGAUGAAGGUGCUGCACACGAUGCGCCGCUACCCGCACAUGUACAGCUUCGUGCGUCCGCCCGCGCCCGACUACCAGCCGCCCGUGCCCGACUACGGUAACUACCCGUGCCUGAUGGUGGACUUCUCCGCUCGCGUGCAGUACAACCAGUGGCACUCGCUGUACGUGCUGUCCGAGUCCGUCUCCUGCAUACAUCUCGUCAUCGACGAGUGCCUAAAGGUGGAGUCGAUGCUGUUCUUCACGAACAACUACGGACGGAACGCGAGCCUCGCCGAGUUCGACGCCGCGCAACAACACUGCACGUCCAUGAUGCUGAAGUACCUGAACAUCACGUGGCUCAACAACACCGCGCACGCCAUCCGCAUGUCCUUCAGGGACGUCGGCAAGGGGUGGUUCAACAUCUACGAGAAGAAGUGGGAGUUCUACGGCGUGAGCAAGCUGUGCCGGUUCAUGCAGCUCGUCAGGUUCCGCAUGCAGUACGCGCUGCGGUUCUGCAUCGAGCAGUCGAUGGCGAUGUUCGUGUCGCUGUGCGAGUCGCCGUGCCUGUGCACGUACUCGUGCGGCGAGGAGUUCCAGUGGGACGCGGAGGACCUCAUCAACUCGCCCUUCCGCACCGCCGCGCCCACGCUCUUCUACUUCCACCUGAUGAUGGGCGACGGCGGGCCCUACUACACCACCAGCCCCGAACAGUUCGAGGUGGUGAUCCAGCGGCUGUUCCGCGAGAUGCUGUACCGCUGCCACUUCAUCCCGCAGGUGCACCCGCGGAUCAUGCGCGGCCUCGUCUUCGACAAGGAGUUGUUCCUCACCUCCAUUGGUCUGAUGGAGCCCAACGUGGUGGAGUACCGCGAGCGGCUGCUGAAGGCGUACCGACAGGCCAUCAUCCCGCUCGUCGCGUACAUGCGCCAGUACGAGUGCUACAAGGAGAUAUACAUGCUGGACAUCGACGCGUACGUCGAGAACUUCCGCCAAGAGAAGCACUCGGCGUCGGAGACCCGCGAGGAGGUGCAGAUGCACUACGACGCCAAGCAGGAGCUGAUCUGGCGCCUGCCGCAGUACAUCAACAUCGGACCCUUCGCCAUCAACGUCGACACGCUCAAGCAAAUGUUGGUGACGAAGCGUUCCGACAUAAUCCGCGCGCUGCUCACCAUGUGGGCGGAGGAGGUGCGGCUCGUGGUGGAGGACGUGAUCCAGGCGUACAAGGGCGUCAUGCGGCGGCUCGGGGAGAAGCCCAACACCAUCGAGCACGUGUUCGAGAUCCGCGAGUGGAUGGAGUCCGUGCCCUUCGCGCUCAAGACGCAGGACGACAUCAUGAAGAGGGUGAACACGGAUUACGAGGUGCUGGACGCGUUCUUCAUGCCGCUGGAGAAUGAUGAUUUUAAGUCGUUAUGGGAGGCCAUCGGGUGGCCUCUGGCCAUCACCAAGCAGGUAGUGGCGACGACGGAGUUCUUAGAAGAGGAGCAGGAGAAGUUCUGGAAGCUUCACCAGCAGGACGAGCAAACGCUGUUCGACAAAAUAGACAUGUUCACCGCGCAGUGCAUGGCGCUCACGUUACAGAACGACUUCAACAAGGUGCACGAGAUCGCGAACGAUAUAAAGAAGGCGUGGAAGGGCAUGAAGGACGGGCAGGAGUGGGGUCGCGUCCUCAACCAGCGACAGAAGCUGUUCGGCCAGCCCGUCGUACCUUUCGCGGAUCUCAACCGGCUCGUGAAGGAGUUCGAGCCCUACCGGAACCUUUGGGUCACCGCAUCCGACUUCCUGAAGGCGCGCGAGGUGUGGUUCGACAACCCGCUGAUGUACGUGGACGCGGACACGAUCGAGCCGCUCAUCAACGAGUACUACAAGACCAUCGUCAAGUGCGUGCGCACCUUCGCCGACCUGCCCAAGGUCCAGCACGUGGCGCUCACCAUCAGGGACGACAUCGACGAGUUCCGUCCGCUGGUGCCGAUCAUCCAAGCAGUGCGCAACCCCGGCAUGAAGGAGCGGCACUGGAACGAGUUCAUGGAACGCGCCGGCAUCACCGUCACCAUGAACGAGAAGCAGACCUUCGCCAUGUGCCUGAAGCAGGGCAUGGCCGAGCAUGGCGCCCUCAUCGCCGACAUCGGGGAGCUCGCCUCCAAGGAGUAUGUCAUUGAACAGUCGCUCGAUAAGAUGCAGGCUGAUUGGGCGGCGCGUGCAAUGGAGGUGUCGCCGUACAAGACCACGGGCACGUUCAUUAUGAAGAUCGCGGACGACACGCUGCAGCUGCUGGACGAACACUUGUUGGCUACGCAGCAGCUCGGCUUCAGCCCCUUCAAGGCCGCUUUCGAGCUGCGCAUCCAGGAGUGGGACGACAAGCUCCGCCUCACGCAGAAGGUUGUCGACGAGUGGAUCGAGUGCCAGAAGGAAUGGAUGUACCUUGAGCCGAUCUUCACGUCGGAGGAUAUUUCACGCCAGCUGCCGAUGGAGGCGAAGAAGUACGGCACCAUGGAGCGGAUCUGGCGCAGGAUCAUGGGUGCGGCCGCUGCCUGUCCGAAGAUGAUGGUGGUGUGUCCGGACAGCCGGCUGCUGGAUAGCCUGUCAGAGGCGCGGCACCUGCUGGCGGUGGUGGCGCGCGGCCUGGCGGAGUACAUGGAGCGCAAGCGGCUGCGGUUCCCGCGCUUCUUCUUCCUCAGCGACGACGAGUUGCUGGAGAUCCUCUCGCAGUCGCGCAACCCUCGCGCCGUGCAGCCUCACCUGCGCAAGUGCUUCGAGAACAUCGCCAAGGUGACGUUCGAGCCCGACCUCAAGAUCAGCCACAUGCACUCGAGCGAGGGCGAGGUGGUGGAGCUCAAGUACCAGUUCUAUCCCUCCACCAACGUGGAGCAGUGGCUCCUGCUGCUCGAGGACACCAUGAGACAUACCAUCCGUCUGUGCCUGGUGGCGGGUCUGGAGGAGCUGUGGCGGUCGCCGCGAGCCGAGUGGGUGCUGCGCUGGCCCGGGCAGGUGGUCAUCGCCGGCAGCCAGACCGCCUGGACCGCAGGCGUCGAGGCCGCUAUCGCAGAGUAUCGCAUGGACGAGUACUACGAGGAGAACCUGCAGCAGCUGGACAGCCUGCGCGCGCUGGUGAAGGGCGAGCUGUCGCUGUUCCAGCGCGAGGUGCUGUGCGCGCUCAUCGUGGUCGAGGUGCACGCGCGCGACGUCACGCGCUCGCUCGUCGACGAGAGCGUGCGCAACGUCUCCGACUUCCAGUGGAUCGUGCAGCUCAGAUAUUACUCUAUGCACGCGGAGAUGUACCCACUGGAGCCGGGCGAGUCGUGCGAGAUCUACCAGGACGAGGAGCGGCUGGACACGUCGGCGUACUACCGCCAGUUCAGUCAGGACCACUGCGACGUGCGUGCCCUGAACUCGGUGUUCGUCUACCAGAACGAGUACCUCGGCAACAGCGGGCGGCUGGUGAUCACGCCGCUGACGGACCGGUGCUACGUGACGCUGAUGUGCGCGAUGCACCUCAAGUUCGGCGGAGCGCCCGCCGGGCCCGCCGGCACCGGCAAGACGGAGACCACCAAGGAUCUAGCUAAAGCGCUGGCCGUCCAGUGCGUGGUGUUCAACUGUUCAGACCAGCUUGACUACAUGGCGAUGGGCAAGUUCUUUAAAGGACUGGCCGCUUCAGGCGCGUGGGCGUGCUUCGACGAGUUCAACCGCAUCGACAUCGAAGUGCUGUCGGUGGUGGCGCAGCAGGUGGUGACGAUCCAGAAGGCCCAGAUAGCGCGACAGGAGCGGUUCAUGUUCGAGGGCUGCGAGUUACCGCUCAAGAUGUCCUGCUCCGUAUUCAUCACCAUGAAUCCCGGAUACGCAGGUCGCACGGAGCUGCCUGACAAUCUGAAAGCGUUGUUCCGUCCCAUCGCGAUGAUGGUGCCGGACUACGCGCUCAUCGCUGAGAUCUCGCUCUUCUCCUACGGCUUCUAUGAAGCCAAGAUCCUCGCCGGCAAGAUCACCACCACCUUCCGGCUCAGCUCCGAGCAGCUAUCCUCCCAGGACCAUUACGACUUCGGCAUGCGUGCAGUGAAGACGGUGAUCCUGGUGGCGGGAAACCUGAUCCGGCAGCAACCAGACGCGGACGAGCGACAGAUCGUGUUACGCGCUCUCAGGGAUGUCAACGUGCCCAAAUUCCUCGCUGAUGAUCUGCUGCUCUUCAACGGGAUAAUAUCGGAUUUAUUCCCGCGCGUCGAAAUACCGGUGGUGGACUACGGCAUCAUGGAGACGUCCAUCAGGAACAUGCUCGUCAAGAGAGGAUAUGAUGAUCUCUACACGUUCAUAUUCAAGAUCAUCCAGUUGUACGAGACGACGGUGGUGCGACACGGCCUCAUGCUGGUCGGACCCGCUGGCGUCGGCAAGACUAAGUGCUGCGAGAUCCUGCGCGACGCGCUGACCGCGAUCCGCGGCAAGUUGGCUCCGGACGGGAUGCCCUUCGCGGCGGUGCACACGUUUGUCGUCAACCCCAAGUCCAUCACGAUGGGCCAGCUCUACGGGGAGUUCGACCUCAACACGCACGAGUGGACGGACGGCAUCCUGUCGAGUCUGGUGCGCGCCGGCAUCGCCGUGGAGGACCUCGACAGGCGCUGGUACGUGUUCGACGGACCCGUCGACGCCGUGUGGAUCGAGAACAUGAACACGGUGUUGGACGACAACAAAAAGCUGUGUCUGUCGAGCGGCGAGAUCAUGAAGCUGACGGACCGGCAGCGCAUGAUCUUCGAGGUGGCGGACCUGGCGGUGGCGUCGCCCGCCACGGUGUCGCGCUGCGGCAUGGUGUACAUCGACGCGCGCGCCGUCGGGCUCGCGCCGCUCGUCAACGCCUGGCUCCGCGCCGCCCUGCCGCCGAUGGCGGACAACAUCCGCAAGAUUCUGCCGGGUCUGAUCAACACGUACCUGUACCCGGCGCUGACGACGCUCCGGGGACGGCUGACGGAGAUCGUGGCAUCCAUCGACUCGGCGCUGGUGCUGAAGUUCCUCGAGCUGCUGGACUUCCGGCUGCGUCCGCUCACUGGCAAGGACGACCGUCCGCCGCCCGCCGCUGGAUUCCUCGCGCUCAUGCCUCGCCUGGCGCCGUGCUGGGUGGUGUGGGCGGUGGUGUGGUCGGUCGGCGCCACCUGCGACCACACCGGCCGCGCCAUCUUCUCGGAGUUCAUGCGAGAGAUCACAGCUGAGAACGGACUCAAGCCGCCCUUCCCCAAGGAGGGGCGCGUCUAUGACUUCAGGUUGCAUGACGGUGGGUUUACAGACCCCACGGACGACGGCGAGCCCGCCAAUCCGUUCUGGUACAACUGGAUGGCCAACCUGGAGCCGUAUGAAGUAGACCCCGAGUGGCAGUUUGCGGAUAUCGAAGUGCCGACGUUGGACAAUGUUCGUAGCGCGGCGCUGCUCGGGUUCAAGGUGGCGAACUACAACCACGUGGUGUGUGUGGGGCCCACCGGCACCGGCAAGACCGUCACCAUCACCUCCAAGCUGUCGCGAGGGUUGCACAAGAAGUUCAUCUGCGAGUUCAUCGUGUUCUCCGCGAGGACUUCCGCCAAUCAGACGCAGGACGUGAUCGACAGUAAGCUGGAGCGGCGCCGGCGCGGCGUGUUCGGUCCGCCGCCCACCAAGCGGCAGGUGUUCUUCAUCGACGACCUCAACAUGCCCGCGCUCGAGGUGUACGGCGCGCAGCCUCCCAUCGAACUGCUGCGCCAGUACAUGGACUUCUCCGGUUGGUACGAUCGGCAGAGCAUCGGCGACUUCAAGACGCUGGUGGACGUGAGCAUCGUGGGCGCGAUGGGUCCGCCCGGGGGAGGGCGCAACCCCGUCACCAUGAGACUCAUGAGGCACUUCCACUACAUCUCCUUCACAGAGAUGGAGUACGCUAGCAAGUACGCGAUCUUCAACGUAAUCCUGUGUUCGUGGACUCGCAACUUCGAGAAGGUGACCAUCCGAGAGCCGCCGUUCCUGAAGGCGUCCAUCGAGAUCUUCAUGGCGCUGGUAGAGGAGCUGCUGCCCACGCCGGCCAAGUCGCACUACACCUUCAACCUGCGGGACCUCAGCAAGGUGUUCCAGGGCAUGCUGAUGCUGGACCCGCGCUGCGUCAAGGACGAGGAUGACGUCAUCCGGCUAUGGUACCACGAGCACCAGCGCGUCUAUCAGGACCGGCUCGUCAAUAACGAAGAUCGACAGUGGUUUGUCAAUUUGCUGAACAAGAAGAUUCGCACGGAGUUUGGCAAGAAGUCGUCGGACGUGAUUGGCGGCAGGCUGAUGCUGUUCGGAGACUUCAUGGAUCUCGGCGCCGAGGACAGGAAAUAUGUCGAGAUCGUGGACAGGGCGGAACUGCAGGACAUGCUGGAGCACUACCUGGCGGAGUACAACCUGUCGUCGACGGCGCCGCUGGAGCUGGUGCUGUUCCCGGACGCGGCGGCGCACCUCUGCCGCGUGGCGCGCAUCGUGCGCCAGCCCAUGGCCAACGCGCUGCUGCUCGGCAUGGGCGGCUCCGGUCGUCAGUCACUGUCGCGGCUAGCCGCGUUCAUGGCGGAGCUGACGUGUGUGCAGAUCGAGAUCACCAAGUCGUACGGACAGGCGGAGUGGCGCGAAGACCUCAAGCAGACCAUGCUCAAGGCCGGAGCGGAGAACAGGGGUACCGUGUUCUUGUUCUCCGAUGCACAGAUAAAGAUGGAGUCGUUCCUGGAGGACCUGAACAACAUCCUGAGCUCUGGUGACGUGCCCAACAUCUACGAGGCGGAGGACCUGGACCGCGUGUACAUGUCGGUGCGACACGCGGUCAUGGAAAUGAACCUGCCGGCCACCAAGACCAACCUGUUCGCGUGCUACCAGCGUCGCGUCAAGACCAACCUGCACAUCGUCAUCGUCAUGAGCCCCAUUGGGGAGAUAUUCCGCGCCCGGCUGCGCCAGUUCCCGUCCCUCGUGAACUGCUGCACCAUCGACUGGUUCAGCGAAUGGCCCAAGACGGCGCUCGAGUCUGUCGCCAACUACUUCUUCCACAACAUGCCGCAUCUCACCACCACCGACGAAGUCUACGAGUCGAUGGUGUCGGUGUGCUGCUUCGCGCACCAGAGCGUGGUGGAGGCGAGCGCGCGGUUCCUGGCGCAGCUCAGCCGCCUCAACUACGUCACGCCCAUGUCCUACAUGGAGAUGCUCGCCGCCUACGCAGACAUGUUCAAGAAGAAGCAGCGCGACAUACAGACGGAGUCCAACGCGCUCAAGACCGGACUCGACAAGCUCAACCAGACCGAGGUGGAGGUGAAGCAGCUGCAAAUCGACCUGGCGGAGCUGAAGCCGAUGAUGGAGCGCGCCGCCGAGGAGACCAGGAAGGUCAUCGAACAGAUUGCUAUCGACACGGCGAUAGCGGAGGAAGCUCGUAUAAAAGUGGAGAAGGAGCAAGCGGUGGCUGAGAAAAUGGCCACAGAGACUACAGCCAUGGCAGAGGACGCGCAGAGGGAUUUAGACGAGGCGCUGCCGGCGCUGCGCGCGGCGGAGCAGGCGCUGCAGGAGCUCAACCGGAACGACAUCGUCGAGGUCAAGGCGAUGAAGAAGCCGCCCGGCGGCGUCGUGCUCGUCAUCGAGUCGCUCUGCGUCGUGUUCGACAUCAAACCCAUCAAGGAACCGGGCGCGUCGUUCGGUGAGAAGGUGUUGAACUACUGGAAGCCGGGCUCACAGAUGCUCGCCGACCCCACCGCCUUCCUCGACUCGCUCAUGAAAUACGACAAAGAGUCCAUCACCGAGGACAUGAUCAAGAAACUCAAGAAGUUUGUGCAGAACCCAGACUACGAGCCCACUAAGAUCGCUAAGGUGUCGAAGGCGUGCAUGUCGCUGUGCAUGUGGGUGCACGCGAUGUAUAAGUUCUACCACGUGAACAAGGCGGUGGCGCCGAAGAAGGCGGCGCUGGAGCAGGCCACGCGCGACCUGCGCGCCGUGCAGGCCGUGCUCGCCGCCGCGCAGGACAAGAUGCAGGCGCUGCUCGAGGGCAUCGCCAAGCUCAACGCCUACCUGCAGGAGAAGGAGGACGAGAAGCGCAAGAUGGAGGACGACAUCAACCUGUGCCUCGCGCGGAUGGACCGCGCCAACAGGUUGUUGAACGGCCUGUCGAGUGAGCGCGUGCGCUGGAUCAAGACCAUCAAGGAACUGGACGUGGCCAGCGUCAACCUCAUCGGCGACAUCCUGCUCAGCGCCUGCGCGGUGGGGUACAUCACGCCCUUCACCGACGAGUACCGACGCGAGCUCCUCGCCGAGUGGAUCCAACACAUGCAGGAGGUGGCGGUGCCGCACACGCCGGGCGCCACGCCGCUCUCCAUCCUCGGCGACGCUGUACAGAUCAGGACGUGGCAGAUGUACGGGCUGCCGCGCGACCCGCUGUCGGUGGAGUCUGCCGUGCUGAUGACCAACUCGCGCCGCUGGCCGCUCAUCAUCGACCCUCAGACGCAGGCCAACAAGUGGAUACGAGCUAUGGGCAAGAUUGAGGGUUUGGUGGUGUGCAAGCCGAACGACCGCGACCUACUGCGCAACUUCGAGUCUGCGUUGCGAUUCGGCAAACCCAUCUUGCUCGAGAACGUGGGCCAGGAGUUGGACCCCGCGCUAGAUCCCGUGCUCAAGCGUCAAUACUUUCGCCAAGCUGGGCAGCUCGUUCUGAAGCUGGGCGAUUCUUUGAUUCCGUACAUGCCGGGCUUCCGACUCUACAUGACAACCAAGCUGCCCAACCCCAAGUACACGCCAGAGACCUCCGUCAAGGUGCAGAUCGUCAAUUUCGCCCUGGUACCCAGUGGCCUGGCGGAGCAGCUGCUGUCGAUCGUGGUGGCGCAGGAGCGGCCCGACCUGGAGGAGCUGCGCGGCGCGCUCAUCGUGUCGCGCGCGCAGAUGGCGGCGCAGCUCGCCGACAUGCAGGCCGCCAUCCUGCACGGCCUCUCGCACUCCGAGGGCUCGCCCGUCGACGACCUGCCGCUCAUACUCACGCUGGAGGCCAUCAAGAUCAAGAGUGCUGAGAUACUUAUAAAAGUGGAGGAUAUGGAGCGCACGACGCUGGAGAUCGAGGAGGCGCGCAGCGGGUACGUGCCGGUCGCCAACCGCGGACAGAUCCUGUUCUUCUGCCUGUCGGGCAUGGCUGGGGUUGACCCCAUGUACCAGUACUCGCUCGAGUGGUUUGUCAAGCUGUUUAUCAGGAGCAUGGCGGAGACUGAACCCAACGAGGACAUACUGGAGCGCGUGGAGACGAUAAUCGCGCACGUGACGUUCCUGGUGUACGUGAACGUGUGCCGGAGCCUGUUCGAGCGCCACAAGCUGCUGUUCGCGUUCCUCGUGUGCGCGCGCGUGCUGCUCGACCGCGGCGCCAUCCGCGCGCACGAGUUCAACUUCCUGCUCAACGGCGCCAAGAUCGAGGAGGAGCUAGAGAACCCGGACCCGAAGUGGGUAUCGGAGCGCAUGUGGCUGGACAUGCAGCAGCUCGCCACGCUGCCCACCAUGAAACAAUUUGUUACCGUCGACUUCUUGCAGCAGAUCAAGUUCUUCAAGACAUUCUAUGAGGCGUGGAACCCGCACAAGAUGCCAUACCCGAAGCCUCUGGACACCCAGCUGGACGUAUUCCAGAAGUUAUUGGUGUUGAAGUGUAUGCGCCCUGAUAAGCUGGUGCCGGGGCUGCAAGACUACGUGGUGUGGGGUCUGGGCGGGCGGUUCGUGGAGCCGCAGCCGGCGGACCUGGCGGCGCUAUACGCGGAGUCGGACCCUCUCGCGCCGAUCAUCUUCGUGCUCUCCGCCGGCACCGACCCCGCCGCAGACCUGAUGAAAUUCGCGGAGAAGAUGAAGAUGAACAAGCGUUUUGAAAGCAUAUCGUUGGGGCAGGGACAGGGGCCGCUCGCCGAGGCCAUGAUGAAGGUCGGCUGCGAUUUCGGCAACUGGGUCUUCUUCCAGAACUGCCACCUGUCUCCGUCGUGGAUGCCGGUGCUGGAGCUGAACGUGGAGCACAUCUCGCCGGAGCACGUGCACAAGGACUUCCGUCUAUGGCUCACCUCCAUACCCUCGCCACACUUCCCCGUCGCGCUGCUGCAGAACGGGUACAAGAUGACGGUGGAGCCGCCGCGCGGCAUCAAAGCCAACUUGCUGAAGGCGUACAUGAACCAGGUGCCGGACUUCGUCGAUUACUUCAACUCCACUGACGCGAAAGUGCCCAAUUUCAAGUGGUUGUUGUUCUCGCUGUGUCUGUUCCACGGUGUGGUGCUGGAGCGGCGCAAGUUCGGUCCGCUGGGGUUCAACAUCCCGUACGAGUUCACCGACGGCGACCUGCGCAUCUGCAUCUCGCAGCUCCACAUGUUCCUCAACGAGUACACCGAGGUGCCGCUCAGGAUGCUGACGUACACGGCGGGGCACAUCAACUACGGCGGGCGCGUGACGGACGACUGGGACCGGCGCUGCCUGCUGUGCCUGCUCGGCGACUACUACGCGCCCGCCGUGCUCAGCGAGCGCGCAGUCUUCGACGAGUCCGGCGCCUACAAGCAGCAACCGGCGUCAUCGUCAGUGGAGGACUACACGCGGUACAUCCGCACGCUGCCGCUCAACGACGACCCCUCGCUGUUCGGGCUGCACACCAACGCCAACAUCAGCUACGCUAUGUCGGAGACCAACACGUGUCUCAGCACGCUGCGCGAGCUGCAGCCGCGCGAGGCGGCGGGCGGCGGCGGCGCGGGUGCCGAGCACUCCACCGAGCGCGCCGCGCACGCCGUGCUCGCGCAGCUGCCGCCCGCGCUCGACCUGCGACACAUCGCGCUCACGUACCCAGUGUCGUACAAGGAGUCGUUGAACACGGUGCUCAUUCAGGAAGCCAUCAGGUACAACCGCCUGCUCGGCAUCAUCAACAACUCGCUACGGGACCUGCUGAAGGCGCUGAAAGGUCUGGUGGUGAUGUCGGAGGCGCUGGAGAGCAUGGCCAACAGCAUGGCGCGCAACGCCGUGCCGCUCAUGUGGAGCUCCAAGGCGUACCCUUCGCUCAAGCCGCUCGCGGCGUGGGUGAAGGACCUGUGCCUGCGCGUGCAGUUCAUGCAGGGCUGGGCGGACACCGGCAUCCCCAAGGUGUUCUGGAUCUCGGGCUUCUACUUCCCGCAGGCGUUCCUCACCGGCGCGCUCCAGAACUACGCCAGGAAACACGUCAUCGCCAUCGACACCAUCUCCUACGCGUUUGAGCCGCUGGCGAGCGCGCCGCUGAAGAAGCCGGAGGACGGCUGCUGCGUGCGCGGCCUGUUCCUCGAGGGCGCGCGCUGGAACUCGGGCGACAUGACGCUCGAGGAGAGCCGCCCCAAGGAGCUGCACACCGAGAUGGCCAUCAUCUACAUGAAGCCCGAGCAGGGGCACAAGGUGGCGCAGGGCGUGUACAUGUGCCCCGCGUACAAGACGCUGGUGCGCGCGGGCACGCUGUCCACCACCGGACACUCCACCAACUACGUCAUGACCAUCGAGCUCCCCACGCACAAGCCGCAGCCGCACUGGAUCAAGCGCGGCGUCGCGCUCUUCUGCGCGCUCGACUACUGACACACGGCCGGCAUAAUAAAUUAUUUACAUCGCUUGUCUUGUGCUUUGAGUGUUGGAACGUUACCUAUACACCCGGCUUUGAACAGACUGGCAUAAUAGUGCCGACUGGCGAUAAACAAACAUCUCUCGGCAGUCGACACUCUGGACCUCUCUCCGCCUACCGUCAGCUGCAGUGGGGUCGUGCCUGUGUACAAAAAUAAUGGAAUGUCCAAGUAAGGAACAACGGUUAAAUAAAUGUUCAAUCCAUUCCGUCUGGAAAAUAGUCUGAAAAUAAAGUUGAGAAUUAUAAAAUGGAUACAAAACUUAAAGAAUUGCAACAUAGUCCGAGUCUCAUUACUGCAGAGGCGAGCUAAUAUCGUUAGCUGCUGGUCGGCUGACCCCUCCCCUCCCCUUUCUCCUUUAUCCCUCUCCUGAUCCGAGCGAGUUUUUUUUCCAAUUGCACCGCAGCCGACACGCUCAUUCCAUUUCCGAUUACCUUUCCGAUUAAAAAUUAAUAUCUUCAUUCACCAUUUUCUGUUUCUGAACGUCGCGCCGAAGACAAGUAGAUACCUAGCUAUGAUCAACGAAGUUAAUAAUUAGAGCCACAUCUGUGACGUGGAAACGUGUGCUGUUGUGUAAUCUGGUGAAAUUGUUAGUUUGAUUCUCAGGUUGAGGAAUCUAUGAAGGCAAAUGCUAGAUUUACUAAAGAAUAGAUGUCAAGGACUAACAGGCGCGUAGUGUCAAUUUGUCCACAGUAUCGUUAUGGUGAACACGCUAGAGGCACAGCACAUUCUGGUUGCCUUUAUUUUGUGUCAUAAAUACAAGUUAUCCAUUUAGAAUUUGAUUCGAGUAGGACACCGUGUGUUUUCUCUACAAAAGACAAGGCAGGAAGGACUUCAAUCUGUUCGGACUGUGGAUCUGCUGCAGACUGUUCUAGAUGAUCCAUCAGAAGACUUGCUAACGCACCGUAAGUUAUGGUUAAAUUAGUGAUACCUAUGCAAAACAAGAGACGACAGCAACGUAGAGCUUCGUGUAUAUUGCGUUCGUAGAUGUAUUCAGUCUCUAAUCUAUUUUUACUGCGACUAUCGGGAAAUCUAGUCCAAGUUAUGAAGCCAAAUCUACAUUUAUAUUUUUUUAAAAAUUGUUUUUAAUCCCGCGUUGUCUAAGUAAACAACUGUAAUAUCAAACUAAUUAAUAAUCACGCGUGUGUGCGGGCACAGGGGUCCGAACAGAAAACAGUUAAUUCUGCGAAUCGUGUUUACCCUUAAUUCGUAAACACUCACCUAAUCAACAGCUUUAAAAGGAUCCCGCUGAUUUUACACUCGAUUUAUUUUUAAAAUAAGGUUUUUGUUUAUCAUAGACUAAGCAAAUUAAUAGAUUAGAGGAGUUCUAGAAACGUCGGAGCGGGUUAAGCAAGGUUUCGGUUAAGUAAAUCAAAGUGUUACGGCCCAAUAAAAUGUACAUCAAUUGCCUGGAAUUACGAUUUGAGACUGAAGCGGUAACACACUGGCCUCCCUCACUUGAGAAAUCCGUAUACAAAUAUAAAAUAGCCGGCCAAUUCCCUGCCUCGAGUUUCGAUGUCUAGUUAGGGUAAGCAUUUAUGUCAAUCAGAUUUGUAAGUUAUAUUGUGGUCAAGCGUGGGCGCUCUUUGAUUUGUAAUGUGAUGUGUAAGCGUGUAUUCGAUUACUUGUAUAUGUAGUGUCAACUUCGAUGGAGUUAGUUACAAAGAGACUUAUGACUUUAGAAAUUUUAUAUAUCUGUUCUGUUAUAGAAACCCAAAUUACGUAACAUGUGAUUCAAGUAAAAAAGCAAUAAUAAAAUUAACACCUGAAUAAUUAUUAAUACUGAGCACACCUCAAAAAGUCAGUUUGCCUGAGGGCCCUGGCCAAACACCGCCUAUUUAAAAAUCCCGUGUAGAUGUGAUUUAAUUAAACAAUCUCGCUAUAAGGAUUGAAACAACAGCGCUGUUUUGAGUUAGUGUUGUUUUUGAGAAAAGGGCAUUGGUUCCGGGUGGGCCCGGGGACGCGGUCCUUACCUGUAGAUAUCUACUGUAAAUACUUCCGUAUUGUACGU